AUGCGCUGGAUGAACCACGUGCACGUAACCUGCCCGACCUGCGAAAAUAGCCAAAAGACAGGUAUCGAAGUAGAAAAAUGCUCGAAAGCAAUUGCCAGUGCAGAGACGUGUGACUUGAGGAAGCGAGAUACAUUCAAGACAGGCGACGAAUGUGCUAAAUGUCAGGAGAUCCAAAGGCUUAAAGACGAGGCAGACCUGAAGAUGACUAGGGAGGCGGAACCACGUUGGGACUACCAUGACUCCAGUGGCGCAGAGUUGUCAGCUGAGUUUGUAAAGAUUGGGCUUUCUGGUCUGACCAAACACGUAAGAGCGAGUGACUAUAUUCAGUAA